CUGCUCAUUUGAGAGUGUAGUUGUUUAUCGCUUUUAUUUUAACCGAAGAAAAAACCAAAUCUGUGAUUAACACGUAUGUCGAUAUACAUUGUUGUUUUCGACUUCACCCAUUUUUGACGUAAACACCGUUUAGUAAACAAAUGAUUACGUUAGAAAAUGGAGAAUUUUGUGAAUUUAUUAGAGGGAAAUCGUUUACCGGACUUGGGCAAAAAGUGGCGACCACUUAUUCCAUAUAAAUUUGAGAAAUUGCUCACACCGGAAACACUGAAAAUCAUCGUUCUGAAUAGCGGCGAAGUAGAUCGAAUAUGUAAAUUCUAUAGUGGUGGCGACGACAAAAAAGAAGCUCAAUUACGGAAUGUGGUUAAAACAUUGCUCGAAGAGAUAGGAUUUAAACGGAAUAUGACUGUGAUUCGCUUUCUUGGCAUCACACUGAAUAAAAUCCUGCAGCAAAUGACGCAUGGCGUUUAUGUGAAUCGACAAUCGGUUGAGUUGGUGAAAAGGGAGUUGGCACAAAGCCGGUGCCCAGUUUUGUAUUUGCCCAGCCAUCGAAGCUAUGCCGACUUUGUUUUGAUGUCCUACAUUUGCUUUGCGCACGAUCUCGAAAUUCCGGCCAUUGCAGCAGGCAUGGAUUUCCAUGGGAUGAAGGGAAUGGGUGAAGCUCUACGGAACACUGGUGCAUUUUUUAUGCGACGAUCAUUUUCUACCGACAAAAUGUACUGGGAGGUGUUCCGUGAAUAUGCUCGAACACUUAUUACACAAUACCACUCUGGAGUUGAAUUCUUUAUCGAGGGAACGAGAAGUAGAAGCUGCAAGGCAUUAACUCCAAAAAUCGGUCUUUUUUCCAUGUUGAUGGAACCUUUUAUGAAGCGAAACAUCUUUGAUAUCCUCGUUGUACCCGUUGGCGUUGCAUACGAUAGACCUGUCGAAGAACAACUAUUUGCAUAUGAAUUAUUAGGUGUACCAAAGCCAAAAGAAUCAACUCGUGGCUUAUUUAAAGCAUUCGAAAUCUUGGACGAGUGUCACGGCAAGAUGUUUGUGAAUUUCGGCAAAGCAAUGUCAAUCUACGAUUACUUCGGGAGAGAUCGUACAAUUUAUUGGACGCCAAAUGAACCAUUCUCACCAGCUUUGACCAAGGAUCGUUUACAGCUGAUCAGUCAGCUAUCGUAUGAAAUUGUUGACAAGCAACAGCAACUCAUUGUCUUGACCACCUUCAAUUUGAUAGCCAUUUAUUUCAACUAUCGAUCGAUGAUCAAUGAACUAUGCAAUCGAGAUCAAUUGAAAUACGGUGUUGGCAUUCUUGCAAACUUUCUGAAGAAAUUGCAGGCUCUUUUGUCACUUGAAAUUCAAUCGAAGCGAGAUUCUGAUAUAACCGACUCGCUAGAAAUACACUCGAAUGUGCUGAAAUUUCAAUCCAAAGAUACCGGUGCUCCGUUGGAGUUGAUAUUCGGAAAUGCAGUUGCCGCUAACAAUGUUAAUCCAUCAAAGCUGAAGGGACACAGUCUAUCGCCACACACAAUGCGGCACAGCUUACCAUCUUUUCUUCUGCAAAUCUAUGCCAACCCAGUUUUAUAUUGGCUGCACCAACCGGCUUUUUUUGUAUUGCUCCAACGAUUAGCAACACCCAAAGAAGAGAUAAUCACAGAGUUAGAGCGAAUGAAGCGAAUAUUUUCAUCUGAGUUUAUAACUCAAAAGAAGACGUCCGACCAGAACUCGGAAAGAAUCGUCGAUAUUAUGAACAGUAUUAACGCACAAGAGAAUGAUGAGCUGGCCAACUUGCUGUUGGCAUCGAUUCUGCCAUUCUUUUUCUGUUAUUUCAAUGUUAUCGAAGUGAUCAGAGAUCAGUUAUCAACGAAGCCAUUCACCGAGAAGGAUGUGUUCGUAAAGGUGCAAAUGCAUGUCGAAGCCCGUUUGAGUGCGAGGACAGCAUUCGUUCAUCCAUAUUGUUUAUCAUUGGACAGCAUUGGGAAUGCACUGUAUUCACUGGUCGCUAAUGAAUGUAUCGUCAAGCAAUCGAUCACUGGUUCUUCAUCUUCACCUUCGGUGCAAUACACGGUGAAUUCACAGGAACUGGAUGAAGUAUCGCAGCACCUUCGCCGUUAUUGCUCUGCUUUGACGCAUUUAAAUGGACUCUGCAAUUAUACUAUAAAUGCAAAACUAUAGAUUAUGUGUCGGUGCAUUUGUGUUGCUUUAAAUGGUUUUGAGGAUAUUCAAUUUUAACGCAUCUUUUUUCUAGAAUUUCAAUAAAAUAUACUAAAUGAAUUUAAA